GCUUCUUGACCUAUUUGUUGUAGUGCUGCUUCCGCGUGCAUCACGUGGCUGAGGAUGACGCGGAAACAAUAGCAUUAUGGAGCAGCCCGGGAGCAGCAGACACUCUGUGAGAGACAUGACAGCGCGCUUUGACUGUCUCACAGAUGCAUACAGAUGUUUUCUGAGCGGAUCAUGUCCCAGUGAACGUGCUGCAGAUCUGGCGUGUGUGAUAUUUGCAGAGAUGUGUGGACGGGUGGCCGGAGAGGACAGAGGGUAUUACCAUGACAAGAGUGUGGAGCUGACCUGCAUCAGUUUGACUUUGGUGGAGAAGAUUACCUCUAGCCUGACAGCUGAGAGCCUGACUCCAGAGGUUACGUCAUACUGCGUGGAGAUCCUGAGGGUGUUGUUUCAAGACAUGGAUCUCAUGUCACAGCUAGUUCAUCAGUUCCAGGCUGAGGACCAGACCAUCUCUCAUCUGGCAGCAAAGAGUGUAUCAACACAUGUUUUAUAUGAUCUCCACAAAUCUGGUACAGUCAGUCCUGUGUGGCAGCAGAAAUGUGUGCAGCUAUUUCACAGGUCAUCCCCCUGCACUGAACUGGAUGCCUGUCUGUGGUCACUGAUUGAAGUCUUAAAAAGACUUCUUAAGGGAGCUCAUCAAGAGAGAUCAGAGAUUCUUGAGAAACUUCUGGCAGCCUUUGACUCCAGCCUGAGUGCUUUAUGCUCUAAGUUUCUUCCUGUAGAGAGAAAGGCGGUAACACAGCGUUCAGUGGAUCUGACCAGCAGCACUCACCGGGGAACAACGUUCUACCUUCUCUUGGAGCUACUGGAGGUGCUGACUGCAUCCAGUUUUAUAUGUGGAACUGGAGUCUGUCUGAAGAGUCAGAGACUAACAUAUAUUCACUCCUCAGCACUCCUGACAACAGUCAGCAGCUCCUCAGAACAUUUUGUCAAAAAGCGAGUACUGCUGCUUCUGAAGAGAGCUGUGCUUCAGAAGGCUGGAGAGGAUUGGGCUUUAGGAGAAAUGCUGUCCACUGGGCUGAAACAUGAGUACUUCAGCUCUGAUAUGAGUAUACUGGCUCAGAGUGUGUUACAAGCAGUGGCUGCUGAUUGGUUACUGAGUGUUCAAGCGGAGUCUGUUUCUUUCUUUGGGGGGACCAGUCUUUGCCAAGGAGGUGAAGGUCAGAAACCAGACUGUGUGAUGCUGAGAGCUGUCAGCUUGCUUCUUCUCAAGUCCCUUGAGCUUCACAUCCAAACAGCUGCUGGAACAGCACGAGGUAUGCAUUUUCAAAGGGACUCUGGACAGACAGUGCUCCAACGCCACAUUACAGCACCAGUAUCUUUAUGGGCCACAGGACUGCAAAGUGUCACAGAGGGUUAUGGGUAUCUACAGACUCUGUUGGCCUUCCUGAGAAGGUGCAGCGUCCAGAUGACAGAGGUCAUUCACUGCUGCUGCUGGGUCAGUCUGCUGUUUGGAGAACAGGACGAUGACAUGAUGGAAGCAGCCAAAGCUUUCCUCUCCAUAUUCCUCCAUCACAGAGUUUGUUCUGGAUUGGAUGACUUUGCUGUGCUGGAAGCAGCCUGUGCCUCUGGCUGCAACCCUCACUGCCACUUCCUGCUUCUGCUCCAGAGCAUCUCCUUUGACCAUAGCAUCCUCCUCGACUUCCUCAUUUCCACGGAAACCUGCUUUCUGGAAUACUUUGUGCGGUACCUUAAGUACCUCAGGACUGACUGGCAGGGCUUCACUGUCACAUGUCAAAGAGUGUCACUGACUGCUUCUUGUGGUGCUGCUGUGUCUGGGCUGACAUUUGAAUGGAAGACAGGAACCAGGUCUUGCCAAAAUCAAGUGGAAUCCGGCUUUUGUUUCCAGCCCACAACUCUUAUACCACCAGUGGAAGGGUUCAAUUCAGCCCCAGGGCCUCGCCUUGUAGAGUAUGACAGUUCUGAUGAGUCUGAUCCUGAUAACAUGGAGGUUUCAGAAGAUUCACAGGAAACCUGGAAGAGACACAUGGGACCAGAGGUGUCUCUAUGUGAGCAAAGUGGAUUUAGUGACUGGGAAGUCAAACAGGAUACAUGUAGUCCACCGAUAUCUAUCAGUCAGACAGAGCAUGUGUCAUCUGACUCAACAGAAUUACGGAGUGACCCUAUCUCAUCAAUGGAAAGAAGACCUGGAGGGUCACCACUGCCAGUGGGACAAAGUAAACAUUCAGGACAGGUGUCCUGUGAAACAUUAGCCAGAGCAAUGUUCUGUCUGUCAGAGCUCAGAGAGGUGGUGACCAGGCUGCAGACAAAGAAACUCUUCCCAUACAACCCAUCCUCUCUCCUAAAGCUCUUAGCACAACUAGAGAAAUAUUCCCAACACUCACAUCAAGUCACAAGUCAAUAAAUGAUACAUACACAGUA